UCGUUCGUACGAUAAGUGAUCACAUGGGGGCACGAAACUAGAAAACGUCACGUUUCCCUCUGCCGUUUUGGCCGCACGACUUCAACUGGAGUCUCACGCGACACAAAAUCAUGUCAGUUUCAGCUACAGGCUGAAGAUGGGGAGAAUCUGGGAAUAAUUCCUCUUAUUCUUCAACCAGAAUCUAUGAAAUACCUAUUUUGAUGCGGUAGAAAACCCUCGACGAAAGCCAUACUCGCUCCCCAUUUUUUCCAUAGCUUGUAUCUUCCAUUUCCAGCCUGUAGAAAGAAACCGGGCGAUCAGCGGAGAAUUAACGUAGCCGGGACAGAAAUGGCGAAUCUGGAAGACCCAAAUUUUACGGAAAACGAAGGAGGUUCGAUUUCCUUCACCGAUUUCCCUGAAGAUGUCCAGCUUUGUAUUCUCUCCUUCCUCACACCAUCGGAUAUUGCCACCUUUGCCUGCACAUCCAAGCGAUUUGGCUCCCUCUUUAGCAACGAUAGCAAACUCUGGUUUAGCCUGUGCGACAGGAAGUGGGGUUCGAAGACACAGAUCACGAAAUGGGGCAAUGGGAAAAUUAGCUACCGCCUUCUGUACAAAACCCUCAACGAAUGGGAAAAUCUAAUUGGCUUUUGGCGUCGAAGUGGACCGGGAAGCAUCGCUAUUGCAUCACCGUCGUUGGUUAUCUUCGAGUGGGGCCAAUCGUUCCUCGCCGGUUCCAGAGUUUCUCCGUCGAAAACUGGGACCUACGAUAUAUUAAAGUCACCGUUUUUGCGGAUGAGUCUAUCGUCGGAAGGACAGGUUCUGAAUUUUCUCGAUCCCGAUGGGCAAACUGAAAUGUCCGGUAAUUUUGAGAUCUCUGGGCAAUUCGACAUGCCUGAUAAUGAACUGAUUCCGGUCAAUGUUAGUUUUAUGGGGAAAACACACUUUGUUGUGGAGGAAAAUCAAAACCUUACCCAUUUCAGUAGUCCAGACCAAAGGAAACAUGGAUUCAGGAGAAGUUCGAGUAGCACGAAUUUGAGUUCAGAUUAUUGCACUGUUGGAGAAGAUGUGGUUGGUGCCGACAGUGGAUCACCAGGAAGCUUACCAGACAGAUUGAUGUCAGACAUUUAUCAGCAUUUUGCUAACAGGACGAGCCCAGGUAGUGAUAAAUCCAGGAAACAAAGGAGGAGAGAGAAGGAAAGGCUGGCUAGAAGGAAAUGGGAGCCUGAGCAUUUCGUGAAGAUUGUUAAUUGUGCACCCACUCCAUCACGCCCAUUGCAAGGCCUAUGGAAGGUGCUGAACUUCUCAUUCAACUUGCUAUGCUCAUUAAGCUUUCGUGUUGAUCUGAUAUAUUGCUCUGAUAUCUGUCAUUUGAUAUCACUGUCUGGUCGAGCCUUUUAUGGAGAAUAUUUAUUUGCGUCCCAUGUAGGUAUUGGUGGUGACAGGAGUUUAGCCUUUUAUCUUGUGGCGUAUGAUGAUAUUGGGGGUGUUGCUUGUCGGCAAGUUGGGAAUCUUACUGGACGAUUUCCCAGUCAUUCCCCGGUCUUCUGGACAACAAAUGCUACAUUUGUAGAAUCACCUUUCUCCCCUGAGGAGGAGUAUUUGUAUGACACUCGCAUUCAUCUCAGACCACUUGAAGCAGCCAGUGAGAUUCACCACUGUUUCCCUUUGACAGAAAAUGAAGUGGUAAAUGGAAUUCUCCACAUAAGCUCAAGCUAUGAGUUGAUUAUUCCAGACCUUGCUAGAACAGUAAAUACUAGGAGUGCAGAAGGAAGGAUUUGGCGGUACCAGAAUGGUACUUUUGGAUUUGGCUUCGUUCGGGACAAUUUCAUAGUAGACCUGAAGCGUAUUGCCUAUGAUGACUGUGUUUAGAUCUCUCUACCGAUUAGUUUCCUUAUUCUGCAUCGGUUUUUAAGCAUAGAUUAUUCAUUUAUCUGCUUACCACCAUACCUCGUGGGAUAGUGUUUUAUUCCCUGUGAAUUUUAUGAUGAUGACAACCAUGGUAAUUUCCUUAGCUGAGGUUGGUUGUCUAGCGCCACAUUAUUUUUUCCCCCUUCGUCUAUUAGGAUAGAGUGUUUCAGAUAACUGCUGCCUUUCUACGUGAAUGACACUGCUUUAUCCAAAUUGUAUAUUUCUUCACUGAGGAUCUAACAGGGAUGUGACAUUAUAAUUUACUUCAUUAAUUACCUGCAGUCC